AUGAACGAUGCGACCACUUCCCUGCUCACCGAGCAUUUCAGCUACACGCCCUUGUCUCUCAUAGAUGAUAUUAUCAACUCGAUCAAUAACCUGAUUUAUCAAGCCAUUUCAAGCUUGGAGUCGGGCUUGUUGAAUACUCCACCCGAUCGCUUGGGCUUUGCGCACGCCAGCAAUGGUUCCACCAUCCCAGAUACGGAUGAGGAUGGCAACGUUGUUUACCCCGAGGCGAAGCUCGAGAUUGAGAAUGGCCUGCACCAGCUGGAAACUCUCCUAGAGGCCAAUGCGGACAAGGCUUUUGAUAAAUUUGAGAUCUAUGUGCUGAGAAAUAUUCUCACUGUGCCCGAGGACUUACUGCCAUGGGUUAGGCUCAAGCAUUACGAGGGAAUCUCAUUUGAAACAUCCCCCGAUGCACCCACGCCGGAAACUAUUCAUGCGCUGCGUAAGAAACUACUUGAGACUCGGAAGUUGAAUCGGUCUCUGGAGGAGGAACGUGCUCGAAAUGAUGCUGUGAUCUCUCAACUGAGGUCUGUCCUGUCCACCGUUGAAACCACCAAAACAGACGGCGCUACCCAGGAGACCAGCUCUGCAGAAACUCUGGAUUUGUCCUUCCUGACCUCGAGCCCAGCUGCACGUCAACUCCGUAUUGGAGCCGAUGCUGGAUCAAAUGUCAAGCACACCCCGCUCACGACAAAUACGACGUUUAUUCUUUCACAACUCCCCGCAUUGCAAGCAACCCUUCUCAACAUUCGGCCGAAGUUGGCAUCAUUACCAAAUUCUACGGUCGCAAUCGAGACAAAAACUAAGCGCAAUGAACGGCAGGAAUACAUCGAAAGUCGGAUCAAGCUACACCUUGAGCGGGCUGGACAGCUUGCCAUGGGUGAUGAUGGCAACUCGGUUGUCGCAGGUCGUCGCAUUGACAUUUCCGAGGCCCAGGCCCUGGAACACGUGGCCAGCAUGUUCACCCAGGAGAAACGAUCCUAA